AUGCCAAUUGGCCGUGAGGUAUUGGGCCCACCGCAAGGACUUGUCCGAUCUCGCGGACUCCAAUAUCAGGAAGCAACACUGGGCGAGGUUACUAGAGGAAUCGUGAACAAGCUUUAUCGUAAGAGGUAUCCGGACACUGGCGCGAGGUCUCACCUCGAUCCGAGUUUAAGAAGUACUCAAAACUUAAAGAUGAAGUUGUCGCCUGACGAGCGGACACAGUUACUUGCAUUCAAGAUCUACCGCAACCGAAGUCUCGCGUGCAUAGGGCGCGAGUUUAUCCUUGACGCGGCAGCGCGGAACCUCAAGAUACUCACUAAACUUCGAUCGGCACCAGACGUCUUAUAA